AACAUUCUUCUUGACAUUAGAAAUUUCAUAAGUUUUUGCAAGUUUGUUAAUAUUUAUAAUAUUCACAAUAAGUUCCCUGGUAUAUUGAUUUUUAAUCCACUUGGAUUUAAUAGGACUUCGUUAAAACAAUGACUGCAUUUGAAGAAUUCGGUGUUCUUCCGGAAAUAGCAAAAGCUAUAGAGGAGUUGGAAUGGACCUUACCAACAGAUAUUCAAGCAGAAGGAAUUCCUCUAGUUCUUGGUGGAGGAGAUGUUCUGAUGGCAGCAGAAACAGGAAGUGGAAAAACUGCUGCUUUUUGUUUACCAAUUAUUCAGAUUGUGUGGGAAACUAUAAAGGAUAUUGAGUCUGGCAAAGCUGCAAAAGUUUCAAAAAAUUUAUCACCAGCAUGGCAAAUGUCAACAUUGGACAGAGGAAAUGCCUUAGCUGUGUCACCUUGUGGUCUAAGAGUGCAGUCUCGUGAUCAAAAGGAAUGGCAUGGUACAAGAUGCACAAGGGGUGUGCAAAGUGGUAAAUGGGGAUUUGAAGCUACAGUCACUGAUGAAGGUUUGUGCAGAGUGGGCUGGUCUACUCUUUCUGCAAAUUUAGAGAUUGGAACAGAUAGAUUUGGAUUUGGUUUUGGUGGAACUGGAAAAAAGUCCAACAAUAGGCAAUUUGAUAAUUAUGGUGAGGCAUUUGGGAAGGAUGAUGUUAUCACAUGUCUUCUUGAUUUGGACAAAGGAGAAAUAAAAUUCUUGAAGAAUAGUGUUGAUUUAGGAACUGCUUUCACUAUUAAUAAACAAAUUUCUAAUAGUGCUUUCUUUCCAUCUGUAGUAUUGAAGAAUGCUGAGAUGUCAUUUAAUUUUGGUAAUUCUCCAUUAAAAUACCCUUUGCCAAAUGGUUAUAAGCCAAUAUCUACUGCAUCCAAAGAAAUAGUUAUGAACACUAAUGGGGAGACAGGAACAACGGUAUCAAAACCAGCGAACAAUGCUCCACAAGCUAUUAUAAUUGAGCCAUCGCGAGAACUAGCGGAACAAACUUGCAAAGAAAUAGUUAAGUUUAAGAAGUAUUUAAGUAAUCCUUCGCUUCGAGAACUGUUGGUUGUUGGAGGAACCAAUAUAAAGGAACAGAUAUCUUCUCUCCAAAAUAAUGGUGUUGACAUUAUUGUUGGAACGCCGGGAAGAUUGGAAGAUUUGAUUCAAGGAGGAUAUUUGUCGCUUGCAAACUGUCGUUUCUUCGUCCUGGAUGAAGCUGAUGCUUUAUUGAAACAGGGAUUCACCGAUUUGAUUUGCAGACUUCACAUGCAAAUGCCGAAGUUUACAGCUGAUGGACAUCGUUUACAGAUGGUCGUAUGUAGUGCUACUUUGCACGCCUUCGAAGUUAAAAAGAUGGCGGAAAAGCUAAUGCACUUUCCAACUUGGGUUGAUUUGAAAGGCGAAGAUUCAGUACCCGAAACGGUUCACCACGUAGUUGUCAAUGUUAAUCCACAGACAGAUCUUAGUUGGCAUACAAUGAACUCCCAUAUAAUGACCGAUGGUGUGCAUGCAAAGAACGAAGUACGACCAGGUGGAAACACUCCAGAAACUAUGAGCGAAGCGGUAAAAAUGUUGAAGGGAGAGUACUGUGUCCGUGCUAUUGACGAGCACAAGAUGGAGAGAGCAAUUAUCUUCUGUCGCACUAAGUUGGAUUGCGAUAAUUUGGAAAAGUAUUUGAAGCUUUUAAACAAAGAGAAGUACUCUUGCGUCUGCUUGCAUGGGGACAGGAAACCUCAUGAGCGCAAGUCGAACUUGGAGAUGUUUAAAAAUAAUCAAGUGAAAUUCCUUAUUUGCACCGAUGUUGCCGCUAGAGGGUUGGACAUUAAAGGAUUGCCAUUCAUGAUCAACUUUACAUUACCGGAUGAAAAAUCGAACUACGUGCAUAGGAUUGGGCGUGUUGGAAGAGCUGAACGGAUGGGUUUAGCUAUAAGUUUAGUGAGCACAGUUCCAGAGAAAGUUUGGUACCAUGGGGAGUGGUGCAAGAGCCGCGGUAGAGGCUGCUGGAACACUAAUUUGGUGGAGUCCAGGGGCUGUUGCAUGUGGUAUAACGAACCAAUGUAUCUGGCGGAAAUCGAGGAUCAUCUGAAUAUAACUAUACAACAAGUAGAGCGUGAUAUGAAAGUUCCAUCGAACGAGUUCGAUGGUAAAGUGGUUUAUGGUCAAAAGAAACGACAAGAUGGUGUGCAGUACGAGAACCACGCAUCCCAAAUGUUGUCAGUCGUCAACAGCUUAUCCAGUUUGGAGAGCAAGGCCCAGAUUCUCUAUUUGAAGCGAUUUAUAACAGGAAUACAGCUCAGCGACCGACUAAGAUAUAUGAAAAUUUAAGAAUGAUGCUGAAUUUAUUGCAUCAUGCUGUAAGGUCGAUCUGGGAAAGAAUUGUAAACUGUUGGUUAUUUUUUUUUGUUUGAUUUGUCUGUCUUAAAGAACAAGUGAAAGGCAAAUAAUGUUAAUUUACGCUGUCUCUG